CUGGACACUUCCACUCAAUCACAGCAAUGGAGGAUUAUCAUGAUAUUUUGAGAAGUCGGAUGAGAGUGAUUUCUCUUGUCUUCUUCUACCUGACGUUGAUCCUCGGUGUUCCUGGAAAUGCAUUUGUCGUGUAUGUUGCUGGAUUGAAGAUGAAGAGGACUGUUAAAACAGUAGGGUUUCUCAAUCUAGCGAUUGCUGACCUCUUGUGCUGCCUUUCCACUAUUUACUACAUCACCAAGAGCGCAUUUGAUCACUGGCCGUACGGAUCCAUACUGUGCAAGAUUCUCCCCUUCAUUAAGCACAUCUCCAUGUUUUCCAGCGUUUUCACACUGAGCUUGAUUAGUCUGGAUCGGUUUACUCGGGUGAUCACACCGGUUUGGGCUCAGAAUCAUCGCAGUUUGUUCAUCGCACGACUGUCCUGUGUAUCGGUUUGGAUUCUGGCUUCACUUCUUAGUCUGCCUUUUAUGAUGUUAAGAGAACCUACCACUAAAAAUAAUAAAACACAGUGCCGGCUUUUUCAUCCUAAUAAAGACAAUUAUGAAUUGUAUGGAAGGUUGAGCAUCAUCAGAUUUGUGUUUGGCUUUUUGGUUCCUCUCAUAUGCAUCACAACAUGUUACGGAUUCAUUGCACACAAGUUAGGCAGGAGUCAUUUUCACUCUGGACGAGCGUUUCGUAUCAUGUUGGCUGUAAUCGUGGCCUUUUUUCUUUGCUGGCUGCCAUUUCACAUAUUGCGUUUGAUAAUCAUGUACGGAAAGAAACCAAGUCGCUCUGUGGCUUCAGCAGUGUAUCGGUUGUCCGUCUCUUUGGCGUAUUUCAACAGCUGUCUGAACCCCAUUCUGUAUGUUUUCAUUGGGCAGGAUUUUAAGAGCAAUGUUAAACUUUCUCUAAGACGUGUUUUUGAAAGAGUUUUCUCUGAGGAGGAAACACAAGCAACACAAGCAUCACAAUCCACACAGCCACAACACACACACUCAGUGUAGUAAAGAUAUCAGCUCAUUUAUACUAUA